AUGCCACGACAUUAUCACUACCAGCCCAGUCGCGAACUCCAUGUGGUAGUCCUGGGAGCAGGCGGCGUGGGCAAAAGUUGUUUAACUGCCCAGUUCGUCCACAAUGAGUGGAUCGAGAGCUAUGAUCCCACCAUAGAAGAUUCUUAUCGCACGCAGCUUCAGGUUGAUGGACGUCAAGUUAUCCUCGAAAUCCUCGAUACUGCGGGGACCGAGCAAUUCGUCGCCAUGAGGGAUCUGUACAUGAAAACCGGUCAAGGUUUUCUUCUCGUAUUCAGUAUCACAUCGUCUUCCUCCCUAAGCGAACUAGCAGGUUUGCGCGAAGAAAUCAUCCGGAUAAAAGACGAUGAAAAUGUACCUCUUGUUAUUGUCGGUAACAAAGCCGAUUUGGAGGAGAAUCGCGCUGUGCCCCGAGCCAAGGGCUUCUCCAUCUCACAACGAUGGGGCGCACCCUACUACGAGGCUAGCGCGAGGACAAGGACCAACGUUGAUGAGGUCUUUAUCGAUCUCUGCAGGCAAAUGUUGCGUAAAGAGGACGAACAACACGCGAAUGACGGACCCAAUGACGACUACAAGUAUGAUCACGGCCGAAGUUCUCAUAGACGUCAACGACGUCGCCGAAAGAAGGAUUCACCCCGAUGUGUGAUCCUGUGA